AUGCCUCCCCCGAACGAGCGUACGAUCCUCAUCGUCCCUGACAGGCCCGAGUACGGCGCCUUGGAGCUUGAAACCCCCGGUACCAAGGCGUACACCCCGCGGCUGCUCCGUCUCUACGACUGGUUCGUCCUCGGCUUCUCCAACAAGUACGCCUGGAAGUGUCCCACCCAUGAGCACUUGCUCCCUCUCUGGGUCAAGAACUUCACCGAGAAUCACCUCGACCUCGGUGUCGGCACCGGAUACUUCCCCGACAACGGCUACUUCCAGGACCCGUGCCCCUUCAACGAGCCCCGCGAGCUGACCCUGGUCGACUUGAACAUGUACUGCCUCCAGAUGGCGCGUAGCCGCGUUAAGAUCAACCACCCCAACGUGGAGGUCCACAUCGUCCAGACCACCGCCACCCGAUACCUGCCCGCCCCGAGAGCCUCUGCUAGAUACAGCUCCAUCUCGAUCUUCUACCUCCUGCACUGCCUUCCCGGCCCCAUCGAGAGGAAGGUGCACGUCUUCGACGUUGCCAGGCACCACCUAUGCCCCACUAAGGGAGUGGCUAUGGGCGCUACCAUCCUCCCCAAGUACUGGGAGAAGAACGCGGACGGCGAGUACGUUCCGGUCAAGGGCAAGUGGCUCAACCCCAUCGCUGCCGUCCUGAUGCGCUUCUACAACUGGAACGGCACCUUCAACAACUGGGAAGACACUCCCGUCUUCUACGAGCGUGCGCUCAAGAGCUACUUCGAGGUCGUCGAGACCCGCAUUGUCGGACUCGUCUUCAUCUUCGAGGCCCGCAAACCUCGCCAUCGCCCUCUUCCACUUUAA